AUGGCACCAUUAGGAGAAGGACCCAGCUCAGCACUUGAUAGCACAUUUGGUGCUAUGUUGAUCGGAGUUUUCUUUGCCAUCUUUUUCCAAGGGGUUUUAUCAUUCCAGGCUUGGAACUACUAUGAAAAUUUUCCAAAUGAUCCACUGAAAUUUAAACUUCUGGUGUCGGUAGCAUGGGGGCUAGAUACGAUACAUACCGUUAUAAUUUGCCAGUUUAUGUAUCAUUAUUUGGUCACAAACUGGGGCUUCCAGGCUGCACUUGUCGAUGCCACUACGGAACUAAUCAUUCACAUUCUUUUGGUUGGGAUGUCGUGCUUCGUGUGCCAAGUCUAUUUUAUGCAUAGAAUUUGGAUCCUGAGCGAGAAAAAAAUACUGGUUCUUUGCAUCGCCCUCGCCCCCAGCUUGACCGCCCUCAUUCUCAAUAUUCACCUGCCUUUGAAAAUGAUAUUUGCUCAUUUUUCUAUUCCCGAGUUGGUCCUGACAGAGAAGGAAUCUGCAGCUUUGUAUUUUAUCAGCGCGCUAUCGGAUGUUGUGAUAGCCGGAUUCUUGUGUUACUUCCUAAGGUUAUCCAAUCGUCGAACACAAUUUCAAGCAACUCGUUUGGUUCUGAAGGACAUUCUACAUUACGUAGUUGCAACGGGAAUUUUGACCAGUGCUUGUGAAAUUGGAGCUGUUAUUGCGGCCAUACAUUUUUCGUUGGGGAGAUUGUAUACCAAUUCACUCCUUGCAGCGUUAAAUUCACGCAAAAAGAUCAGAGACAGACUUCAGGGAAAUGCUUCGGGCAUCGGACAAAGCAUUCAUAGUCACGGGGCUGGCAAACAGAAAGAUAUACAUAUGGUAUCUAUCAAGGCAGCUUCAGAUGAAGUACCUGAAUCCAAAAGAGUACCUCAGGCGAGCAUGGUGAGGCCGUCCGAAAUAACGUUUACUGUAGAACGGGUCAUUCAGGAUGAUAACGGAGACACUUCAAAACGUAACUCAGACCAGAGAGCACAUGCUAUUUGGCAAACAUCUACUGACUAUGAGCGCCGAACUUGA